AUGUCUGUUGCGCGACAUUCCGGUCCGGCCUGGCCCCCACGACAUCCGGCCCUCCCCAUAUAUAUAGCCACCACUCCCGUUCUUUUCUCCGCCAGUAUGUUGCUUGUCAGAAAUCGGCCCCAGGCCAAGUUUGGCGUGCGUUUCACGUCGGGAAAAUCCGUCCACACCCACACCAUCAAAACACCUGUUGGCGUCAAGGCGGCCAUUGCUUCGCUCAAACCGAAAACCACCCGUUUGUCGAUCGAAGGCCCCAUCGAAUGUGACUUGACGGGCUUCCAGUUGCUCAACUCGCCCAUUUUCAACAAGGGCUCGGCGUUCACGCAAGAAGAGCGCCGUGCGUUUGGGCUUCUGGGGCUUCUUCCUUGCAAAGUCAACACGUUGCAGGAACAGGUGGAAAGGGCGUACGCCCAGUUCCAGUACUUGAAGACGCCGCUCGCCAAGAACGAUUUCCUCACGUCCAUGCGGAUCCAGAACAAGGUCUUGUACUACGAGUUGGUGCGCAACCACAUCCGCGAGAUGUUGCCCAUCAUCUAUACUCCAACCGAGGGAGACGCCAUUGCCGCCUACUCGCACCGGUUCCGCAAGCCCGAGGGCUGUUUCUUGGACAUUACGGACCCGGACUCCAUCGACGAGCGCUUGUCGGCCUAUGGCGAGGACAAGGACAUCGACUACAUUGUGUUGAGUGACGGAGAGGGCAUUUUGGGCAUUGGAGACCAGGGCGUGGGCGGCAUCCGUAUUGCCAUCGCCAAGUUGGGUCUCAUGACGCUCUGUGCCGGUAUCCACCCGGGCCGUGUUUUGCCUGUGGUGUUGGACGUCGGCACCAACAACGUCGACCUCCAGAACGACGACUUGUACAUGGGCAACAAGUUUGAGCGUGUGCGCGGACAACAGUACUGGGACUUUGUGGACCGCUUCAUCCAGACGGUCAAGAAGCGGUUCCCGCUGGCCGUGUUGCACUACGAGGACUUUGGCGUCACCACCGGCCGCACCAUGUUGCAUCGCUACAGAUCGGAGUUGCCCUCGUUCAACGACGACAUCCAGGGCACUGGCGCUGUUGUCAUGGCGUCCAUCACGGCCGCGCUCAAGUUCUCCAACCGUGACUUGCUCGACACGCGUGUUUUGAUCUACGGCGCCGGUUCGGCCGGCUUGGGUGUGGCGGACCAGAUCGUCAACCACAUGGUGUCGCACGGCCUGACCGUGGAGGACGCCUGCAAGCAGAUCACCAUCAUGGACCGCCGCGGUGUGGUGCUCCAGCUGUACAAGGACUCGAGCGAGGGCCAGUUGCGGUACGCGGACCCAGACUCGAAGUGGGACGGCAUCAACACCAAGAGCUUGGUGGACGUGGUGUCCAAGGUCAAGCCCACGGUGCUUGUGGGCUGCCUGACACAGGCGGGCGCCUUCACCGAGCAGGUGAUCAAGGAGAUGUACAAGCACAACCCACAGCCGAUUGUUUUCCCUCUUUCGAACCCAACACGCUUGCACGAGGCGUUCCCAGUGGACAUCAUGCGGUGGACCGACAACCGUGCGUUGAUCGCCACGGGCUCGCCCUUCCAGCCCGUCGACGGCUACUACAUCUCGGAAAACAACAACUGCUUCACGUUCCCCGGCAUUGGUUUGGGCGCCGUUCUCUCGCGGUGCACCACCAUCACCGACACGAUGAUCUCGGCGGCCGUGGACCAGUUGGCGCUGAUGUCGCCCAAGAUGGACAACCCCAAGAACGGCUUGCUUCCGCCCUUGGAGCAGAUUGACGAGGUUUCGGCAUACGUGGCCACUGCGGUCAUUUUGCAGAGUUUGAAGGAAGGCACUGCUCGUGUUGAGAGCGAGGAAAAGCCCGACGGCGGCUUUGUGGAGGUGCCUCGUGACUUCAAGCAGUGCUUGAAGUGGGUCCAGUCGCAAAUGUGGCGUCCUGUUUACCGUCCGUUGGUGAAGGUGAGCCACGAGCCGGAGAUCCACACUUUCCAGUACUAG